AUGCGCCUUGCAGCUGUUGCGGGAGCCCCAGCCCAGGCAGCCGCCACAGUGCUGAGUAUGCCUCACGGAGAAAGGGGCAGUGUGAGGGGGCUGAAAGGACCCAUUCACGGAAGUCAGGCGCACUCCGGGAUCCCAGCCACCCAGCUGGGACACGCUAUCCAUCUGAGUCACAGCGCCCUCCCCACGGAGUGGGGCAGCCCGUGUCCUUACAGACUGCGGGGCCGCCACGGCUUGGAGAGCACCAAGGGCAUCCGCCACCGCCUUCUGUGGUUCUCCUUCAGGGCCACCCCGAGGUGGGACGAAGAGAAUUCAAUCCAGCCCUACAAGACGGACAACAAUGGCCUGGGGUGUACAGCAGUGUGA